CUGCCGAGUGGCGAGGUCGUGUUCGCGCCGUUCGUUCUCCGCAUCUAGUGCGUCGUCCUCUGUGCCAGUGCGUCCGAGUGGUUGCUUGGUGCUCCUCUAACCGGACCCGUGACGAACCCUUCGACUUCCCGACCCCUGCUUCCCGUUUUGCAUCGAAUUUGGACAGCACACCGGCGAAUUGGCACAGUACUUUGGGAAGCUGUUUGCCCACAAACAUCGAGGCAACGGCCAGGUCAACGAGAUGGACUUGGUGGUGGCCACCCCCGGGCAGAGGGCGCUUCCUCAGGCACCCCCCGGACGCAAGGCGGCUCUGCUCGGACCCGGGUCUCGAGCUGGACCGCAGCGUCGGCGCCACACGCCCAUCCCUGUGCCGCCCCCGCGUAUCCCGUCGCCGAUGCCGCCCCCGGGCUCCUUCAAGCAGCACCCUAACAGCCAAACGAGUUUCGCCGUACAAAACCAAGAACAUCACAGGAAAGAUCAGCACCAGAAAGGUCACCUGGAGGAAAACGGGGUGUCUUGGAUUAGCCCGCGUCUCUACCACGGGGUCACUCUGGGCCCUGAGCUGUCGCUGAUGCAGCACCCGAAGGGCGGCCCUCGAGCCGCGGCGCUGGCGUCGGCCAUGAGGAGCGGCUCGAGCCUCAACAGCGGCCGAGGAGACGCUGGUUCAGUCGUGCUCGACCCGGCCUCUCUGCUCGCAGGCAUGCACGCCUCCUCGUACAAGUUGGGUCGCUACCCGGAGCACCACCACCUCGCCUACAUGCCCCUCAGCGCAGGCCCCCAGGGGGCCGUCAUGCAGGCCUCCGCCGCCGCCGCCUUCUUUGCCAGAGCGGCCCAAAAGUUGAACCUUUCAUCUCCACAUCGACGCAAGCGGCACUCGUCCGGCGAGGAUGAAGCCCACUUUCGCAGCGACUUCAGCGGCGCCCUGGCGCGGUCGCCGCCGUCGGUGCCGCCGGCGCUGCUGCGACGCAUCGGCGUGCGAGAAGUGUCGACGGUUGGCAAGGUGAAAGUGAUGCUGAGGGUGGCGAGUGCAGCGGUGGCCUCGGACGCGUGUGCAGCGUCCGGCGCGUCUACCGUGGCUGCGUCGUCCUCGUCCUUCUUCAACGUGGACACUCGCCGAAAGCAAGUGACGCUUUUCGACCCUGCCACCUGCGGAGGGGCCUCGACGGCACCCGAAGACCGCAGGGUCGGAGUUGCUGCCCCCAAAAUGUUUGCCUUUGACGCAAUUUUCACUGCGGACGAUUCACAGAGCGAAGUGUGCUCGAGUGCUCUGACUGACGUCAUCCACGCGGUCAUCAACGGCUCGGACGGAUGUCUCUUUUGCUUUGGCCACGCUCGACUGGGCAAAUCGCAUACCAUGCUGGGCAAUGGUGACGCGUCUGGAAGCCUCGGAGUGAUGCCGUGUGCCAUUUCCUGGCUCUUCAGAGGCAUCAACGAGCAGAAACAGAAGACUGGCGCCCGGUUCUCGGUGCGGGUGUCCGCGGUGGAGGUUGCUGGACAGUCUCAACACCUGCGUGACCUGCUGGCCGGCUACGCGAACGAUUGUGAACAAAGUCCUGGUGUCUACCUCCGAGACGACCCUUUACUCGGCGCCCAGCUGCAGCACAACAGCGAGCUCAGGGUGCCAACGGCCGAAAAGGCCGCCUUCUACCUGGACGCGGCCGUUGCCGCCAGGACGAGGGCGUCCAACACUCCAGGCGAGGAGCCCAGGGACUCGCAUCUCUUAUUCACCCUCCACGUGUACCAGUACAGCGUAGACAAAAGUGGCAAGGGAGGAGUCGCCGGCGGAAGGAGCAGACUGCAUUUGCUGGACCUGGGCAGCUGCGAACGAGGCAGGACGUCGGGUGGAAUUCCUCUUUCUGGAGUCGCCAACGUUUUGCUCGCCAUCUUCAACGGACAGAAGCAUCUUCCAUACAGAGAACACAAACUGACACAGCUUCUGAAAGAGUGCCUGGGGUCAUUGACCUGUCACGUGGCAAUGAUAGCGCACGUGUCACCUCUGGCGCAAAACUACACAGAAACCCUCACAACCGUCCAACUGGCUGCCAGGAUACACCGAAUGAGACGAAGACGAAUAAAGUUCGGAUGUGGAGCAGCCGGUUCCGGUGGAAGUUCCGGGGAGGAUUCCCGUCUUCCCGGCACAAGCAGCAGCGACGUCGACCCCUCCAGUUCCGAGCAGUCGGCGGACACGGUUAUCUACGUGGGUCCAUCCGAUGACGCCACUGACGGCGAGCACCCCCCAGUCUACAUCCCGAGUCUCAACUCUGGAGACAACCGGUGUGCGAUGGGAAAGGUCUUGCGAGGUUCCAGCGCCGAGAGGCAGCCGUCUUCGAUCAGAGGGUCUCCGGCCAAGGCGAAACUGCCAUCGUCGUCCGAGGGUAGUCCUGCCAAGUCAGCAAAGUCGUCAAAGAUUCCAGUCAGGCCGUCGGGAACCACGCCAAAAUCGCCGCAAGUAACAAGACAGAAUAAAAGUAAAGGAACUGGUGGCAAAAGUGAUGAACAGUGGAUUGACGGCCCCAGAAUAUCGCGAUCCAAAGUGGCCGAGGCGCGAAGUUUGCUCAAGGAAAGCCACAAACGGGAGACCUGGGUUGAUGGUCCGCAGGCCGGAAGUGGUGCCGCCCCCAAUCCUAGCGCUGCCCCCGCCGCUGCCCCCACAGCAGUUGCAGCAGCAACGGCCACCAAUCCUGCCACCCCGGCCACCGCACAGGGCUACGGAUACAUGGACAAUCACAAAAAGUGCAUGAUUCAGCGCUGGGUCGAGAAUCAAACCGUGCAGAUCCAGCAGAAGCUGAUGAAGUCCGGGGGCGGCCCACCUGAGUACAAGGAGAUGACCCAGUUCAAGACCUGCGAGGACAGCGAAACAAGUCCCGAAGUUGAGGAAACGCCUGAGCUGCCCCCACCGCAGCAAGUGCCACUCGAGACUGCGGAGGAACCAAAAGAACAGGCCAGGCAGCCGGCGACUGCGGAGGCGAUAGAAGAGGAGGAGGACGAUGAAGACUGCGUCAGUGAACUGCCGCCCCCGCUGCCUCUUCUCCACCAGCAACACAACAAAGAAAAAGAAGCUUCUGUGAACAAUUACGAACUGAAACUGAAAAUUCUCGAAGAGAGGAGGCGGACAAUGGGAGCUGACGCCGAUGUAGGAGGGGUGGACGAUAUCGAAAUAAUUGAAGUCGAAGAGCCACUCGAGCCUGUGCCAAUGCAAGACUGCUGCCUUCAGGUGACUGAGGAGGACAUAGCGCUGUGUAUGGGAGAAUUUUAUAUGCCUGAAAGUGACGCCGAAGGGGAAGAGCAUCCACUCAGAGUUUUGAGCCAAGAAAACCUGACUAUAGUUUCAACAUUCACAGACUCGUUAUCAGUAACCACUGACCUGGACCGUGGCAUCCCAGGCAGUCACUCGGUCCUGUCUGAAGAUCUGCUGGUUUCAGCAACCUCAACCACAGACAAAAUCAUGUUUCCGCGCAAAAUGGACCACAUUUCCAAACUGCAUGAGCUGUACAAAAACCCCGGUGGUCUAGACAGUGCAAGCAAAGGUCCGUCGCGAUGUCAGGCCAUCACCAUCAACGACAUGCUGUACGGCUCAACAACCUCGACAACCACCUCCGCCGCCGCCCCCGACUCCAAAAUGUGUCUGGCCUGUCGACAGGUGAUGAGUCGGGGUCUUUGGUACCCCUCGCUGGCUGUCGAAGGGUCCCACCUGUGCUCGCAGCACCUCCAAGAGAACCAGAGCAAAUCGUGGUACAACUCGGGUGUCGAGCCCACAGUUCCUGAGGCAGACCAGCCAUUGAAGCUGCCUAAAGUGCUGCCCAACAGCAGCAUUGCUUCCCUGAGGCACCCUGAUGGCGCAUCAAAUCCGAACCUGGACAAGCAGGAGGAGGUCAGGACGAGGUUUCCUGGAAAUGGAGCUGCGUCCGAUCAUGAGGACGAACUAGUGGAAGCUCAAGAGGAGCGAACUGUCACUGGAAAAUCGGAUGACGACGAAAGUGCUGUGAUCACGAGCAGCCUGCCCAGUUCCACACCCGCCGCCUCCGGGGGCAACAAAACUCCCCGCCUAACUCGCCUCUUCGCAGGCGCCCGGAGAAGUCCAGGAAAAUCUCCUCAAAAGUCGCAGGGCAGCAAGAAGCAAAAGACAAACCGCGCUCCCAGCAGCGAGGGUUACGACAGUGGUCUCGACUCGGUCAUCAUCGUCACCCGCACGUCCAAGUCUCCAUCACACCAAGCCACAGGCGUCACCGGCAGCAGCAAGAGAGGCGCCUCGUCCACGGUCCACUGCGAGAGCUCAGGUUACGAAAGCGUCCAGAGGGACUCGGAGUGCUCUAGCUUGGCGUCCAGCCACGAGUCCAACGAAGGGGUUGAAGCAAACCCACCCCCUGCUUCUCAAGAACAACCCCCGGCUGGAAACGGCAAGAAAGCCACGGCCUCGACCAACACAGGCCCCACAGGGUGGUGGAGGCUUUUUCCCAGCUGCGCCAGAAACAAAAUGCGAACACCCUCAGUUGAUUGGUAGUAGAAGGGGUGAUCUAGCAUAAAUUAAAUUAUGGUUGUUAUACAUUUGUGUAGAAAAAAAGGAGAAUCUCUUCUUAUUUUAAUUUAUUUCAAUCAAACCCCCUCCCUCGAUGCAAGGAAACUAUUUAUUUCCCCCUUUUUUUUAAUAUAAUUUAUUUAUUUCUAUAUAUAUGAUUCAGUUUAUGGAUAUUUUUAAUGGAUUAACUCAAUGAUCAGAUGCCAAUUUUUGAUAUUAAAAUACCCUCCAUGUAGGUACUAACCUGUAUAAUGUCUAUUAGAGUAGUUUAGUAUGGAAAAUAAAAUAUUCUACCCAAAUACCCUACCAAAAAUGAUCAAUAAUACACGAAAGAAAAACGAAAAGAAAAAAAAAACAUUUUAUAAUAUAAUAAUCUUAUGACCCCCGUCACACUUAAUGUGCAAAUAAUUGUGGCUUUCAUCAAUACUGAAUUGAAUUAAAAAAAAUGUGAAGAUUCAUUCCAAUUUGAUCACCUUCUGAUUUCCCAAAACCCACAGACUGCAUAUUGCUAUUUGCGUGUUUUAAUUUUACAUAACAAAAAAUCAAUGCUAAAAUUGCCUUUUGACGCGAACAAUACUCUUGCGCCUAUUUUGAUUAUUCUCUAGUUGUUUAGCCUAAUGUUUUCUACACAGCACAUCAAAAUAAAGAGAGCUUAACACUACAUCAGGCAAAAAGUAAAAAUUAUAUACUUUUUUAUAUUUCCAAAAACGGAUGGAAAAUUCGUGAAAUCUAAAAUCGAUCCUUUUGCCCGCAUUAUCUAUAAAAUAAAUUUAAGAAAAGUUUGUACAUUUUGUAAGCUAUAUCAAGUCACAAAACUUAUUUAAUGUACAGAAGAUGUAUCAAUUUGUUAAUUGGAAUAAGAGAUGGAUAUUAUUGUGUAUAAAAAUCUGUUUACCAUAUGAUCAACUUUUGUUCAAAGUGUAAUAAUUGUAAAUAAAGUGUUUCUUAUAAGUACC